UAUUUAAAUUAAAUUAAAUAAAUAAAUAUAAAAUCACUUUCCUACCAACCAAACACUAUACUCAGCCGCAAUUUUCUUUCACUUUCUCUCCAAUUCAAUUCUCACAUAUAUACAGAAGAAAGAAGGAACAAGAAGAUUGAGAUGAACGAAGGUGGUGAUCAAGGAGGAGAGAGGAGCAACGUGGUUGUAGAUCCUCAGUUAUGGAACGCUUGCGCCGGAAGAUUGGUUCAUGUACCUUCUGUUAACUCUAAGGUGUUUUAUUUUCCUCAAGGUCACGCCGAUCAUGCCGGAAUCAAUGUCGAUCGUUUUAUUGAUCGAAAAGUUCCGUCGCAGAUUUUGUGUAGAGUUAUGGCUGUGGAGUAUAAGGCUGAUUCGGCUACUGAUGAGGUUUUCGUUAAGAUUAGUCUUGUUCCGGUUUCAAGCGGAGAAGAGGACUUGGAUGAAUCGGGUGGCGAUGAAGAGAAUGUGAACGAGAACGAUGGCGACGGUGGUUUGGAAAAACCUAGUUAUUUUUUGAAGAUUCUUACUCAAUCGGAUGCUAAUAAUGGUGGUGGUUUCUCUGUUCCGAGACAAUGUGGGGAGACGAUUUUCCCGCCUUUGGAUUACGCUGCGAAUCCGCCGGUUCAGACUCUUUUUGCUAAGGAUGUUCAUGGAAAUGUUUGGAAAUUUAGGCAUAUUUAUAGGGGAACUCCUCGGAGACAUUUAUUGACUACUGGUUGGAGUACAUUUGUGAAUGAUAAGAAGCUUGUGUCUGGAGAUUCGAUUGUGUUUUGCAGAGCUAACAAUGGUGAUGUCUCUGUUGGGAUAAAGAGAGUGAAGAGGAGUUGUAACGAAGGAGAUGGGAUUGAAGAAUCGAGGAUUGUGAAUAAUAGAAGGGUUGGGAAAAUAAGGCCUGAAUCUGUUAUUGAAGCUGCAAAUCUUGCUGCAGAUGGGAAAUUAUUUGAAGUGGUUUAUUACCCUAAUGCUAAUAAUGCAGAAGCUUUUUGUGUAAAGGCUUCGGCGGUGAAUAGGGUGAUGAGACGACGGUGGUGGUAUGGGAUGAGGUUUAAGAAGGCUUUUGAGAGUGAUGAUUCUUCUAGGGUUAACUGGUUCAUGGGUACUGUUUCAUCUGUUAGUGAAGUUGACCCAAGUCGCUGGCCUCGUUCUCUAUGGCGGGUUCUUGAGGUCACUUGGGAUGAUGGAAAUUUUCUAAAGAAUGUAAAGCGCAUUAACCCAUGGUUUGUCCAAUUGGGAAACACACAUGAACUCUUGCUCUCAUCCCUAUUGCCACCCAGAAAGAAGUACCGACUAUCUCAGUCUCAACAAUCAGACAUUACCCAUGACGGUGGCCAAUUACCUGUGUCAUCACCUUUAGCCAAUAAUACACUUGGGGUCAGCAUCCCUUUGGAUUAUCUAUCUAAUAACACCCCUGUAGGCAUACAGGGAGCCAGGCAAAUUUCACUUCAAAUAUCAUCAUCAUCUACACCAGGUGUUUGUCCUGGUCAGAGUUUUGAGAAGUCCAACCAAAUCCUACUUUUCGGUCAACGCAUUGACAUUGAACAGAGAAACUGUGAUAGCCCUCCUAGCUUCUCACAAGUUACUGAUGGGAGCGGUACAGAGAGAUCUCCUUCUACUACCUCAACACCUGCCCUUCAUUCUACUGAAAAUGAAGGUUUAUCCAGCUUUCUUACUAUUGGGAAUUCUGGUCAGAGUUUGGAGAAGUCCAACAUUGUUGGAGCCAAUCAAUUCCUACUAUUUGGGCAAUGCAUAGACAUAGGCACAGAGAGAUCUCCUUCUACUGAAAAUGGUCUGAAUUCAGGUCACUGUAAGAUACUAAUAGAUUCUAAAGAUUCAGGGUUGAGUAAUGACAUUUCGGGUCUAGGCUCUUAUGAGGAUCUCUUCAAGAAUUUGAGUGACUUGAUUCAAAUAGAAAGAUCUCAAAUUCAGAACUGUGUUGUUUACUAUGAUGAAUCUGGAGUUGCUAAACGACCUGAAGAUGUUCCAUUUAGCGACUUUAUGAGAACAGCCAAAACCAUAAAUAUUUCUACAGCUCCUUCUGAAAGCAGAGAGAGAUUGAAUUGAGGUAACAGUUCUUGUAACUAUGGCAAUGACUGUGACCAGAUUUGAAUUGAGAAUGGAAACAUUGAUGAUGUUCUUGUAUUGAAAGUCUGAUUUACUUUCAAUUUUUAUGUAUGUCUGAAAACUUAUAGUCUAUGUUUCAAGUUUAUUUGUGGAUAUUUCUAUCUUAUGAAAAUUAAAUUAGAGACACAAA